CUAAUAUCCACAUCCUGGUGCUGGGUCAGUGGUCAGAAGUUAUGUCUAACAAUGCGUUGGACCAUGCCCCGACAGCCCCUCAACAGGGCUCCGGCAUUUCUGAUCUGCUUGCAUAUUUCGGGCUAGUGGUGAAGUUACCUUUGACAUUCAUUCGAUGGUCAUACCGAGAAAUAGCACCCAUGGCUCUCUCGCACCCCAAUCCGCAAGGCGUCGUUCCCAGUCCACUCGUCUCAAACUCAUGGACUGUCCUGAGGAAAGGUCACAACACUGAUGUUCCUGACUCUAUAAAUCCAUCAUUUGAAUCUUGCGGGUGGACACCAAUCACCCCGGCCAAUUUUCAGCAUGAUUCUGCGGCAGAAUCUCAGUGCGACUCCGUUACUGAUCUCACCAGGCAAAUUGUUCGUCGCGAAAUAUACCCAACGUUGUCGGGUACGUAUAGUGACGUCUGGCGAUCAACGUGGUAUCGUGGCAAGCAAAAACGUGAUGUUGCGGUCAAGUCGCUGAAAAUUCCAUUUUCGAACGAGGAUGAGAAACAUAAGCACUGCCAAAAACUGAUGGGUAAAAUAUCAUCUUGGGCGCGAUUACUUCACAAAAACGUUCUGCCAAUAUAUGGAAUUGCACACGAUUUUGGGCACUUUCCGUCAUUGGUGACACCAUGGGUGAACGAGGGAUCGUUGAAUGACUACAUUGCUAGUCAUCAUUUGUCACUAGGGUGCAAGUUGGAUCUCGCCAAACAGGUAGUAGCUGGCCUUGGCUAUUUGCACGCUCAUUCUAUUGUGCAUGGAGAUAUCUCUGGACUCAAUAUCCUGGUGGACUAUGAGGGUAGAGCGCAAUUAUGCGACUUCGGAGUCAUGCCAUUGCUCGCGGAAAUCCCAACUUUGGCACAGCCAUCUGGAGGCAUCCGCUCAGCUGUGCGAUGGACUGACCCUCAGUUAUUCGAGGCGCAGAAAGGCGAAAUCAAUCCAUACGUCCCAACGAAGCAGACCGACAUCUAUUCAAUAGGUAGUAUCAUUCUACAGUUGCUCACAGGAAUGAUACCUUAUCACGAUAUCAAGGAUAACAUUCGUGUCCUUGUAUUAUCUUCGAGAGGCGUAAAGCCCAAACGUCCUCAGGAAACGUUUGUCACUAAUUUACAGUGGAGUUUUAUUCAAAGAUGUUGGUCU